GAGAGAAUGACAGGUUAUGUGUGUCUUGUCAAUGGAAGAGAGAGAAUGAAACGAAGAAGACUCCUGGGCGUAGUUAUUACAAGUAGGACCUAAAGUAGAGAUAUCCAAUCAGAGAGUUUUUCGAGCUUCGCUGAAUCUUUAUCCACCAUCUUAAUUCCCUCACCUGCCUAGCCUACUGACACGGACACACAUCGGCUCACGCAAAAGAAGUGAGGGAUUCGUUCUGUAUGGAUGAAAAGAACGGAAUCGCUCAGCAUCCGCCGGCGUCAAAUGAGGCGGCGCCACAUCCAACUCCGGCGGAGUUUAAGGGAACACAAGAGGGAACCUGGUUUCACUCGACACUUGCCAUGUCGCUGUGGCUAGGCACCAUCCACUUGAACAUCAUCAUCGUAUUAGCUUCCUUCAUCUUCCUCCCGUUCUCCAGUGCCAUCGCAGUAUUGGGAUUGUUGUUGAUCUUUGCGGUAAUCCCGAUUGACGAGAAAAAUAUAUAUGGCCGGAGAUUAGCAAGGUACAUAUGUAAGCAUGCGUCUGGCUACUUUCCGGUGCAUCUGUAUGUGGAGGACAUUAAAGCAUUCGAUCCCAAUCAGGCAUAUAUUUUUGGCUAUGAACCACAUUCAGUUUGGCCAAUUGGAGUAGUUUCACUUGCAGACCUUACAGGUUUCAUGCCACUAUCAAGAAUCAAAGUACUAGCCAGUUCUGCUGUAUUUUUUACACCAUUCAUGAGGCAAUUAUGGACUUGGUUGGGAAUAUCACCUGCAACAAGGGAUAAUUUUAAGUCCCUUCUGUCGUCUGGUUAUAGCUGCAUAAUAGUGCCUGGUGGAGUUCAAGAGGCAUUUUAUAUGGAUCAUGGGUCUGAGAUUGCUUUCCUUAAUUCAAGAAAAGGAUUUGUAAAGAUUGCUAUAGAAACAGGCAAGCCUUUGGUUCCUGUAUUUUGCUUUGGCCAGUCCGAUGUAUACAAGUGGUGGAAACCCAGCAGCAAACUGUUUUUAGAAUUUUCGAGAGCUAUAAAGUUCACACCACUUGUUUUCUGGGGAAUCCUCGGAUCUCCUAUACCCUUUAGACAACCCUUGCAUGUUGUGGUUGGCAGACCCAUUGAAAUAAAGAAAAAUGCACUACCUGCAACGAAAGAGGUUGAAGAAGUACAUCAUUGUUUCGUGGCAGCACUUCAAGAUCUCUUUGAGAAGCACAAAAAGAUGGCAGGCCAUGGUGAUCGUGUGCUAAAAAUUCUUUAACUUUACCAGUAAACCUCACAUGUUUGUAACCUCCACACAUGAACAAUAAAAGGAAAUGAACAAGGUGAAUCUACUAUGAUCUAUGAAAAAAACGAAAUAAAAUAUUUAAUUUGGCUAUCUAAUGAUUCUAAUAAAACAAGUCUCACAUGCAACUCCUAGUUCUAUAUCAAGUAAAAUGGUUUAAUGUUAGGGUUUAUUUGUCUUAUACUCU